AUGAAGCUAAUUGAUGAGAUGGAAGUUCGGAAAGCCCUGAGGCGAAACAGGCUUUGCAGAGAUUUCCUGGACUCUGUCUCUUACCAGAUAUGCUGCUGCUGUGGGCCGUCACCGUGUUCUCUCUGCUGCCAAUGUUUUCCUAGCAUUAAAGUGUCCACAGGCACCAGGCUUCUCUACACGCUCUUCCAUAUUAUGGCCUCCACAGUCUGUUGCCUCAUGCUAUCUAGAAAGGUGUCAGAAGCUGUCAAGGAAAAUGUGCCUUGGUUUUCACUCCUAUGCAAAUACCUUCCCGGAGGAGCAGAUUGUGAUAUUCUUGUGGGGUACACUGCUGUGUACAGAGUCUGCUUUGGGACGGCUUCUUUCUAUUUCAUCCAGGCUGUUUUCCUUGUAAAUGUGAAAUCUACACAGGAAUUUAGGGCGAUGGUCCACAAUGGGUUCUGGUUUUUAAAGUUCCUGAUUCUGGUUGGAAUGUGUGUUGCAGCAUUCUUCCUCCCCACUGAGUCAUUUAUAAGAGCUUGGCACUAUGUCGGCAUGUGUGGAGGUUUCUCAUUUGUCCUCAUCCAAUUGAUUCUCAUAACAGCUUUUGCUCAUACAUGGAACAAGAACUGGCUCACGGGCGCAUCUAAAGACAAGAGAUGGUAUAUUGCUGUUCUGGUGACCACCUUGCUCUUUUAUUCCAUGGCCUCGGUGGCCUUCUAUUUCCUAUAUACUUACUUCACUCACCCAGCUGGAUGUCUGCUAAACAAAGGCCUGAUCUUCGUGAACAUCAUCUUGUGCAUAGUCAUGUCCUUCAUUUCCGUGACUCCAUGUGUACAGCUCAAGCAGCCGCGUUCCGGAUUGCUUCAGGCCUCCAUCAUCAGCUGCUAUGUCACCUACCUCACCUUUUCAGCCCUGUCAAGCCGUCCUCCAGAAAGAGGUCAGUUACAGUACAAAGGGGAAAAUCUCAUAGUCUGCUAUCCGAGCAUCAGCCGAGACGGACUGCAAACAGAAGACGCAUCUAUAGCCAUUAUGGGAGCAGCCAUUAUGUAUGCGUGUGUCUUGUUCGCAUGUAAUGAAGCCUCCUAUCUUGCAGAAAUGUUUGGUCCAAUGUGGAUGAUUAAGGUCUACACCUAUGAGUUCCAGAAAGCAUCCUGUUGUUUCUGUUGUCCAGAAGAGGACGAGGAAGGAGGGGAACGGAGCUGUGAUGAAAAUGAGGAUAACAGCGGUGGGCAGACUGUGAUCCACGAUGAGCACGAGCGUGUUAUUUACAGCUACUCCUUCUUCCACUUUGUUUUUGUCCUCGCCUCGCUCUACGUGAUGAUGACGCUCACCAACUGGUUCAGCUAUGAAGAUGCAUCACUGGAGACAAUCUUCACCCAUGGCAGUUGGCCGACAUUCUAUAUUAAGGUGGCAUCUUGCUGGACCUGCGUCCUGCUUUAUUUGUGGAUACUUUUGGCACCCGCUUGUUUUGCUGGAUCAAGUCAGACACCCAGGAACGGUCCACCAAAACAUAUCCUGCGAAAAAGAGCUUUCAGAAGAGUGACUGUUUCAAAGUGAUGGCAUUUUCUCGAACACACGGACUGUAACAUGUCAUUACCAUAAGCUUCCACUCUGGCAACAAUGUUUAGGAGUGAAAUACUGCCAGAGAAUCGUGAGCAAGAACUGGGAACAGUAAAAACCAUAACUUUAUCAUGAACUGGCUUAGAAAAUUGUCGGGUGAAAAUGAAGCGGUGGGGCAGUGGUGCUCCCCAUGUUGAAUAGACUUUGAUGGCACAUUGAGGUGCUACAUAUUCAGAAAUGUUGUUGCAAGAUGCAUACACACUUUGGGAGACAUUUUGCAAUAGAUGACUCUACGUACUUCUAAAUACAUCUCCUGCUGGUUCUGGCUGCCUGCAGAGUAUCAAAUACAUAUAGCACUAACGUGUGUGUAAUAGCAUUACAUCAGAUUGAUAUAUUUUGUAGAAGUGAACGUUUACAGUAAGUCCACUUAGGCACACGCUAUAGAGGGUCAUUGUCAUGAGGCUCUGUUCCCUAAGGACAUUACUAUUACGUACGAUUUUUGUCUACAGGAAUAGGGACUACCAGGAUGCGAAAGAAGUUAUAGCAACCAUUACAAAGGACUACUUUUGAUUCCGUCAUUGUUCCCGAAAGUACACCCAGCUCUGUGAACAGUGCAAUAUGGAGCUGCUGGUGCAGAAAGGACCGUUACUGAUCACAGUGUUCCUGGCCACUGCAAAGCUCGGCGGGUUAAGCAUCAGAAAGCCAGCGCUAAGAAAAAAUCUCUAAUGAACUGACAUUCCUAUGCUGACCCUUGGAAAAGCCAGUCAAUCCCCCAGGACUGAAUGACACUUCCUUACAAAAGGUUAUUUUGUAUAAGACUGCCCUGUGUACUUGUUAAGCGUAGAUUACUGUGAAUGGUGUCAACUAUUAACUAUUUUAGUGUUUCCAAUGCUUUGUUUUAGCAGCCCUAAAUACCAAACAGCUUUUAUAGAGAACAUAUUUUGGGACUAAGCCCUGCGGGCAACACAAUAGAAUUUUGCAUCCAAGCUGUGCAGUCUGCAUACCUCUGCGUUCGUCUAUACAUAAUGAGAUUACUGCAAUGAAGCUACCUGAAGUGUCCCACAAAAGCCUUAAGCGUAAAUCCUUCGAAGGAUUUACCUUGACUGGCAAGGUCAGGCUAGAUCCAAAUUAAAAUUACUCCAACUCAUUCUUCAUAGUACAGGGGAGAGAAUGUCCAAUUUGAGGGAUGGUUGGCAGUGCAAAUAAGGGGGAUAUGGGAU